CUCCACCACCCCAAGCCUCCGGGAACUACAUCAAGACAAAUUUAGGAUCCUUUUUAUCUUUUUGAACUUUUUCCACUUUCAUCAUUUACAUUUUCUGAAAUCAAACGAUGGCCAAUGCAGGUAUACAGCUCCUUGGGUUCACGUUGGCCUUCCUGGGCUUCAUUGGCUCAAUAGCAUCCACAAUCAUGGUGGAAUGGAAAGCUUCGUCGUACGCGGGAGACAACAUCAUCACGGCUCAGGCGAUGUAUGAAGGGCUGUGGAAGAGCUGUGUAUCACAGAGCACUGGUCAAGUUCAGUGUAAAGUGUAUGAUUCACUUCUGCAACUACCAGGGAUUGUACAGGGCACACGUGGGCUGAUGCUGAGCUCCAUCUUGCUGUGCUUUAUUUCUCUCUUGGUGGAGAUGGUGGGCAUGAGGUGCACCACCUGUAUGGCAGAUCAACCGGAGCAGAAGGACAAAGUGGCUCUAGCUGGAGGGGUUAUCUUCAUUAUCGCUGGUGUGCUUGCUCUGGCGGGAACAUCUUGGUAUGGCCACAGAAUAACCAAGGACUUCUACAACCCAUUCACUCCGACUAAUUCUAGGUAUGAAUUCGGAAGUGCCUUGUUUGUUGGAUGGGGAGCGGCCAGUCUCAUCAUCAUAGGAGGGAGCUUCCUCUGCUGCAACUGCUCCAGCAAGGACUCUGGGAAUUCUCCCCGCCACCCAGCGUCCCGCUCUGCAGGCCAGCCAGGCAAGGACUACGUCUGAGGGAGAACGUGCUCUUUGCAGGCAAUUGUCUUCUGUUACUCAGAUUUCUGUUUCUUAAUAUUUUACAAUGUGCAGGUGUUGUUUUUGUUGUAUGUUUAUAUUUGUUUGGAAAUACACUCCAUUCUUUGGUAGUGUAUAUAGCUCAUAGACAGCAAAAAUUUGAAAAAAUGAAAAAGUACUGCAGCGAACUUCCACAUAUUCACUAUGGAAAUUAAUAUUACAGAUGACAACAACUAUAACCCAUUUAAUAUAAAUCUGCUCAGUGUGUGAGUUUUAUUUUUGUUAAUUGCUUUGUUUGGAUUCUUACCACUAUUCUAUCAAAUCAUGUAAAAUAAAAUCCUCAUUGUUUUUGUAGUAUUGUAUGUUUUUAUAGCAUUCAGUUUUGGUUUGGUUUGAUGUGUAACAUAUGGCUGGUGUUCAAAUCCUAUAUAAACCCUGCAAGCCAACAAUGUUCUUGCAUCUCUCAGUACUUUUGAAUUUUCUUAACUCUGUGUGUGUCACUCAUCCACAUGCCCACUCGUUCUUUUCAUGCUGUUGGAAUGGCCACUUAG